AUGUCUACCGCUAUGACAAGAUUUCUUUCUCCAAGAUACGUUGUGCCUUUCAUUGGCGCCACCGCCUCACUUGGCCUCGCCUACCACUACUCCACUCAAUCCUUCAUUAGAAAUGAAACUGGUAAAACUUUCACCGGUGGUGAUGAAUGGAUUGACUUGACCUUGAAAAAGGCCGAGCAAUUGAAUCACAACACCAAGCACUUGAUCUUUGACUUGAAAGAUAAGGAUGAUGUUUCAGGCUUGGUUGUUGCUUCCAUGUUGAUGACUAAGUUUGUCACUCCAAAGGGUAACAAUGUCAUUAGACCAUACACCCCAGUUUCAGAUGUCGACCAGAAAGGUGAUAUUGAAUUUGUCGUUAAAAAGUAUGACGAGGGAAAAAUGUCGAGCCACAUUCACGACUUGAAAGAAGGUGACACUCUUUCAUUCAAGGGUCCUUUCGUAAAAUGGAAGUGGGAACCAAACCAAUUUAAAUCAAUUGCUUUGAUUGGUGGUGGUUCUGGUAUCACCCCAUUAUACCAAUUGUUGCAUGCCAUCACCUCAAACCCAGAAGACAAGACUAAGGUUCAAUUGUUUUACGGUAAUCUUUCUCCUGAUGACAUUUUGAUCAAAGAUAGACUCGAUGAAAUUACCAAGAACAACAAGGAUCAAGUUAAUGUAACUUACUUUGUCAAUGACAAGAAGGGUCAAGAUUUUGAUGGUGAAGUUGGUUUCAUUACUAAGGACUUUUUACAAAAGCACUUGGACAAACCAAGUCCAGACACAAAGAUUUUCGUUUGUGGACCUCCAGGUUUGUACGAUGCUAUCUCAGGUAACAAGAAGUCGCCAUCGGAUCAAGGUGAAGUCACUGGAGCUUUAGCUGACUUGGGCUACACCAAGGAACACGUUUUUAAAUUUUAA